CUUUUUUUUCUUUUUUUUUUUAUUGAGCAAACUUCGAGCAGCUCAAAAUUUGUAAAAUAUUCUUGGAAUCAAGCCAAUGCUGGCUCGUAAGCGAAGAUACAUAAGUUUUAACAUAAUAUAUAUGUAUACAGGUGUAUAUAUAUGCCUAGAAUAUGUAUGCUGUAUAAUGCAGCAGAAAAUGCACGACUACGCUGAAAUAUGUAACACACCUGUAGGAAAUGCAAAAAGAUUGUUAAGGACAGUUCUUAUGUAACUCACUCAAAGCAAUAUCACCCUAGGGACUUUAAUAUUGUCAUGUUAAAAACAGCAAUAAUGACCUACUUGAAUAAAGAAAUUAAAUUUAUUUUAUUAUAACCUAUAAAAAUUUAUGAUUAAUUGAAUUUGUAAAUUUCGUAAAAUUUGGAAUUUUGUGUUAUCAAGAAAAUGUACAAUGACAAUAUUUCGACGGUAACAGCGAAUAUGUUAAUGACUGUUAUUCAUUUGUAAUUUGGGUUUUAAAGAAACAAUUUAUAACUUUAGCAAUUAUUUUUAUCCAAGGACUACGUGUAUAAGACCAAAAUCAUAGAAUAUGAUAUAGAUUUUGACAGAUAUAUAUAUAAUAUUUAUAUUAAAAUUAUUUUAAAUGAAUUUUAAUCAUUCAACAUUUCCAUUUACCAAAAUUUAACCAAAAAUUAUUUAUGAUUUAACAAAGUGAAAUUGUCAAUAAUUUUUUCCAGAUCAGCUCUCAUUAAUCGUAACAAGAUAUAAAAUUGUUGCAAUUCGAGUUGCAUUUGUCGGAGUAUUUUUAGUUCAUUUAAAAGUUUCUGAAAAUAAGUAUUCGCACAAAUUACCAGAGAAUAUAUUUAAAAUAUAGUGAAUUUUAUUUCUCCGUACCUUAUCAUCCAUUUGGAAUAAAAUUAAUUAAAGUAAAUACAAGAAGAAAUAUUAACUUAAUCAUAUAAGUUUGAUUCUGUGAAGUUCGCUUUGAUCAACCGAAAUUGUCAUAAAUUUAAAUGCUGAAUAUAAGUGUUCUUAAAACCAUUUUAUCUGAAUGGUAUUUUUGAUUGUAUAUCUAGAGCUGGAAUUGGGUGAACUGUUGCGAGAUGAGUUGUUUGGAUUAUUUGAAGCCAUGUCUGCAAUUGAAAUGAUGGAUCCGAAAAUGGAUGUUGGCAUGCUAUGUAAUAGAGGCAACAACAAACCAUGUACUUUUACGCAGGCUGUUGACUCUGGUGCAUUGAAAUUGGACAAUUUGACUCAGUCAGAAGUUAUAGGAAUAAUAGAUUCAACUUAUGCGUGCAUAGUGUCUUGGCUUGAAGGUCACAGUUUGGCCCAAACGGUUUUCACUAACUUAUAUCUUCAUCAACCCAGUCAAAUAGUGGAUAAACCUCUGAGAACCUUUUGUUAUGCUGUAUAUAAAAUAAUUGAAAUAAUUAAAGAUUGCAUAAAUAAAGCAUUAGUUUUUGAGGAAGAAGAUUUCCAGAGUGUUACUUAUGGUUAUAGAUUGCAACAGGAUAUUACAGAACAAAAAAUCAUAUCCAUGUUGAAAGAAGUAGAAGAUGAAUUACCUAGGAAAAGUAGAAUAAAACCAAUUCAUGUAGUAUCUGAGAAAGAAUAUGGUGAUAGAUUAGCACUCUAUGCCAGAAUUAGAUUUACUAAGAUAUUUUAUCAAAUUUUAUCAUUAAUGGGAAAAAAAGAACAACUGCAACAAAAUUUAAAUGAGUGUCAUACAUUGUUAUCAAGAUGUUCUUAUAUGAUUCAAAUAAUGAUUAAGACAGUAAACACAAAUUAUCCAAAUAUUAUGGGGUUUGACCCUAUGGUAAAUCAAAGAUUAUUACCACCAACAUUUCCACGGUAUACAAAAAUAAAACCAAGAAUAGAAGCUUUAAAGUAUUUAGAUGAGUUGUUGAAUAGAUUUCGAACAGUUACUAUGAUCACUAAUCAAAAUGGUUUUCAUGCAGCUUUGGACUUUUUUUUAGAAUUUUCACGACAAAGUCCAUGUAUAUUAUCCAGAUCAAUGUUGCAAAUAGUUUAUUUACCUACAACAAAUCGGGUAUUCGGUGUCCAAAAUUUUGCUGAUGUUUUGAAAGAUGCAGCGCGGAAUUUUAUAGCGCCUCCAGUACUAAUGCCAAAGAGCACGUUACUCCAAAAUCAUCAAGCUAAGGAAUAUGUUGAUAGUUUCUUAUCUCAUUGUGUAGGCCUGUUUGGUAGUUUACUACAACUUACUGGCCACAAUAGGGCAAGACAGAGAGAUAAAUUAGCACACUUAUUAGACGAUUUUGCAAUAUUACAGGACGAAGCUGAAAGAGUUGAUGGAUUCUUACAUGCUUUGUCACUGAAAAGUGAUACACCUAGAUCACAUUUAGCUUGUUUUGGAACGUGGAUUUUGUAUCAUACGUUACGAGUUAUGGUCAUGUAUUUGUUAAGUGGCUUUGAAUUGGAAUUAUAUUCGGUCCAUGAAUAUCACUAUAUAUUUUGGUACCUGUAUGAAUUUCUUUAUGGAUGGCUUGUAUCAGCUAUUACAAGGGCCAAUACAUUCUUAAUGGAACAAGAUGUACAUAAUGAUACACAUAAAGGUAGAGGUAGUAAGAAAAGUGCGAGAAAUAAGAAGAAAAAAUCAACAUCAAGACCAUAUAACUUAGAAAUAUUAAUGUAUCAAGCAAUGCAAAAUAUAUGCGGAGGGUAUUACAAAGCUUUAGUUGGUUUCCGUAUGGAUGGUAAAAUAUUACUUCCUGAGUCGCCAUUUGAUUCAGAACGAGUUCGAUAUGAACAUAGGUUAUUGCCGUUUUCUUCGUUACUGACUCCACCUCCGGUACAUUAUCAAGAAUUCCUAGAUAUGACAAAUGCACAGAUGCAUAAAAGAAACGAGAAGGUUACUAGUGAAAUGCUGUACUUAGCUGGUUGCCGUCAUUUUCAUCAAGCUAGAAAUAUGUUAGAACGAGCAUUGUCUCUUUAUUUACCGAACGCUAGUACUGUGAAUGAGAUCAAUGAUUUAUUGAAAGUGGCGAAAACAAAUUUUGUGGUUCUAAAGUUACUCGCUGAUGGGCAUAAAAAGGAUUCCAAAGAACCUCCAGUAUUUGAUUUCUCAUGUCAUCAACAUUUCCCAUUGAUAAAAUUGAUCUAAAUUACUUGCGACGGCCAUGAUUUCAUAUUAUAAAUUACAUAUUAUUUAUUCUAGCUUUAAACGUGCAAAAAAUAUUUUUGUGUUGUUGACUUUGGAUACCUUUUUUUUUGUCUAAUACAAUCUUUAAUGUUUAAUACAAUCUCUCCUUUUUCUUUUAUUAACAGUACAUCCUUCAUUGUACAGAUAUAUAUUAUUUAUCGUACAUAUUUUGUGGAUAAAUUUCUAUAAAAAAUGAAAAUUAUAUUUGUAUAUAGUUUAUCAUAAAUCGUAUGCUUUAAGUGAGUUCAUGUGAAUAUUAAGAAUGAAUGCGACGAUCGUUUGCGAAGAUGAGGUUUGUGAAAUUUACAGAUCGUUAUGAAAUGUAAAUAACAGAAGUAUAGGAUGUAUAGUCUCGAAAUGUUGUAUAGUAAUACAUCUUAUCAAUGAAAUUGUUAACAGUUCUUGUUAGUGACGUCUGCAACAUUUUGAAUAUAUAUUGCAAGCUUCAGCUAUGUAAUACACGUUCUGAUAACAGUCUUUUUUAUAAUAAUUCGUAAGUUCAUUAAUCAAACGAGACCUAAGUUGUUUAUGUCUACAAAUAUAUUCCCUACAUUUUAGAAAAACAUGAUUUAUAUAUUAUUAAAUUCUGUAUUGUACAGAAACGAAAGAAUAUUGCAACACUAAACUGAAAUAUUAAAUUUCCAUGUAAAAUUACUGAUUGAAAGAUAAAGUACUUGUAAAUUACAAAAUUUAUGUGAGAAAAUGAUGUAUGUCUAAUAAAAAUGAUAAUCUGAAAUAGUUGU